CCAGCUAUUUCACACAGAUACUCAAUUCAUAAAGAAGCAAAGCAGGAAGAAGAGGCUUUCUACCGCGAUUGUUCCAGAAUAUCGGGGACUAGGAUUUUCCAAUUACCCAAGUAUUGCUGCGAGAUAUUUGGACAUACAGUCAGCGGUAACGUGAGCUGGGAAUCAGAAGGUGAUGGAGGCCAGAGACGGAAAGGAAUCCAUUCGGAGACAAAGGCAAGUCCUAAUAUUCUUUGUUUUUCUGGGCAUCGCACUGGCUGCCUCUGAGCCUAGGCGCUAUUCUGUGGCUGAGGAAUCUGAAAGCGGUUCCUUUGUAUACAAUUUGUUAAAAGACCUGGGGCUGGAGGCAGAAGAACUAGCGGUGCGGGGCCCCCGGGUUGUUUCCAAGGGGAAAAAAAUGAGUUUACAGUUAGAUAGAUGGACCGGGGAUUUAUUGUUAAAUGAGAAACUGGACCGGGAGGGGCUCUGCGGCCCCACCGAACCCUGUGUGUUACCUUUCCAAGUGUUACUGGAAAAUCCCUUGCAGUUUUUUCAGGCCGAGCUACAGAUUAGGGACAUAAAUGAUCACUCUCCAGUGUUCCUAGACAAAGAAAUAAUUUUAAAAAUUUCAGAAAGUAUCACUCCUGGCACCACUUUCCUAAUAGAACGUGCCCAGGACUUAGAUGUAGGAAGCAACAGUCUCCAGAAUUAUACAAUCAGCCCCAAUUUCUACUUUCAUCUUAAAUUACACGACAGUUCUGAAGGCAUAGUACCACAGCUGGUGCUAGACAAAGCACUGGAUCGCGAAGAACAGCCUGAGAUCAGUUUAACCCUCACAGCCCUAGAUGGCGGGACGCCACCCAGAUCCGGCACCGCCCUGGUCCUCAUUGAAGUGUUGGACAUCAAUGACAACGCGCCUGAAUUCACGAAACUGCUCUACGAGGUGCAGAUCCCAGAGAACAGCCCUUUAGGAUUCCAGGUUGCUACUGUCUCUGCUAGGGAUUUAGAUAUUGGGGCCUAUGGACAAAUAUCAUACGUAUUUUCCCAAGCCUCUGAAGAAAUUCGCAAAACUUUUCAAAUAAAUGCAAAAUCGGGAGAACUCCUUUUGAAACAGAAACUGGAUUAUGAAACAGUUCAGACUUACACAAUAAAUAUUCAGGCGACAGAUGGUGGGGGCCUUUCUGGAAAUUGUGUAGUGUUUAUCCAAGUGCUGGAUUUGAAUGACAAUCCGCCGGACCUAACCAUGUCCACACUUACCAGUGAGAUACCGGAAAAUUUGCAGGAAGCUAUAAUUGCUGUAUUCAGUAUUUCAGACCCAGACUCUGGAGACAACGGAAAGACAGUUUGCUCCAUCCAAGAAGAUCUUCCCUUCCUGCUGAAACCAUCCGUAGAGAAUUUCUACACACUUGUGACAAACACAGCUUUGGACAGAGAGACCACAGCCGAGUACAACAUCACCAUCACCGUCACCGACCUGGGGACGCCCAGGCUGAAAACCCAGCACACCAUCACCGUGCUGGUCUCCGACGUCAACGACAACGCCCCCACCUUCACCCAAAGCUCCUACACCCUCUCGGUGCCCGAGAACAACAGCCCCGCCCUGCACAUCGGCAGCGUCAGCGCCACAGACUCAGACUCGGGCACCAACGCCCAGCUCACCUACUCGCUGCUGCCGCCGCCCCACGACCCGCUCCCGGGCCUCGCCUCGCUCGUGUCCAUCAACGCCGACACCGGCCAGCUGUUCGCGCUGCGGGCGCUGGACUACGAGGCCCUGCGCGCCUUCGAGUUCCGCGUGCGCGCCACCGACCGCGGCGCGCCCCCGCUCAGCGGCCAGGCGCGCGUGCGCGUGCGCGUGCUGGACGCCAACGACAACGCGCCCUUCGUGCUGCACCCGCUGCAGAACGCGUCCGCGCCCUGCACCGAGCUGCUGCCCCGCGCCGCCCAGCCCGGAUACCUGCUCACCAAGGUGGUGGCGGUGGACGCCGACGCGGGCCAGAACGCCUGGCUGUCCUUCCAGCUGCUGCAGGCCAGCGAGCCCGGGCUGUUCAGCGUGUGGGCGCACAGCGGCGAGGUGCGCACCGCCAGGCCGCCGGGCGAGCGCGACGCGCCCAGGCAGCGGCUGCUCGUGCUGGUCAGGGACAACGGCCAGCCGCCGCUGUCGGCCAGCGUCACGCUGCACGUGCUGCUGGUGGACGGCUUCUCGCAGCCGCACCUGCCUGGGCCCGAGGCGGCGGCCGAGCGCGCGCAGGCCGACCCGCUCACCGGCCCCCUGGUGGUGGCGCUGGCCUCGGUGUCGUCGCUCUUCCUGUGCUGGCUGCUGCUCUUCGUGGCGCUGAGGCUGUGCGGGAGGAGCGGGCGGGCCGCGCUGCCUGGCUGCCCUGCGCCCGAGGGCCCCUUUCCGGGCCAGCUGCUGGACGUCAGCGGGGCGGGCACGCUGGCCCACAGCUACCAGUAUGAGGUGUGUCUCACUGGAGACUCUGGGACCAGCGAUUUCAAAUUUCUGAAGCCUAUUAUCCCCAUCCUCCUUGGUCAAGAUUUGGAGAGGGUUAGUGAUGAAAACCCGAAUUUCAGGAAUAGCUUUGAAUUCAGUUAAGUACUAACAAGAAUGUAUGCGCUUGGGCUCAGUGCAUUUAUGGACAGUCCUGUUUUUAUUGCUUUGCCUUUUGGAAAUUUAAAAAAAUUCUACCAAGUAAUUAUCCUAUUCCAAUUCUGAGUGUGUGUUACGAGUAUUUCUAAAUAUAUGUGUUGGCGUGAGCAGUAGUAGUAUAACAUUUUCUUUGCAUUCCUACUUUGAUUUGUAUGUCUUUAACUUAAAAUGUGAGAGUAAAUGCUGUACUUUGAGGAAUAUUCCAUUUUGGGGGCGUUUGUUUUCUUUUGAGACAAGAAUUUCAUUAUGUAGUGCAGGCUCACCUUGAAAUUCCUUAUAUAGCCCAGGCUGGCAAUCCUCCUGCCUCAGUUUCCAGAGUGCUGGGAUUAUAGGCCUGUGCUACCAGUCCUGGCCAGAAUAUUCCAAUUUUUAAGUUAGAGCUCUUUUCCCCAAACUCACCUUGCCCAGUUUCUAGGUGAUUCUGAAAUUCUAAAUUCUGCAAUAUCUGCUAUUGUUACAUGGAUUAAGUUCUUCCAGCAUUUCCAAACAAAUGUUUGUUGUAUAUCCUCAGGCUAUUGUUACUUUUAUCACAUGAACUCACACAGAUAAACCACUAACAUAAAUACACUGGUUAAUAACCUAAACAACCACCCUCCUUGGUCUAAAAAAUACUUUAAAAGUCAAAAUAUGAAAAUUGACUCUUUAGACAUUGUGAGUACUUUAAAUGAAGAAUUCUAACAAAAUUUUUUUAUGCUUAACAAAUUUUUACAAACAUUAUUUACUAAAUCAAGGUGUUCAAGGCCUGUAAUUUCAGCUACUCAAGAGGCUGACAAGGGAAAAUCAAAAGUUUGAAUCUAUCAUGGGCAACUUAGCAAGAACUUUCUCAAAAAAAAUAAAAAUUUAAACAGAGGGGCUGGCAUAAGCACCUGCCUUGCAAGCAGGCAGUCGUGAGUUUGAUCCCCGGUACCGAUAAAAAGGAAAAAGACAAAAAAAAAAAUUUUAAACAGAGACUGUACCUAGGGUUCCAUGGUUUCAAUCCCAAGUAAUGGGGAAAAGCCAUUUGCUCAUAUGUGGUUUAAUAGUACAUGUCUAGUGACUUCCAGAGGUAUACUGAUUUUUCAUAUUUUCUGUUUAAAAUGUCCUUUAAAAACUCUAUGUUUUUCUAAUACCCCCUUAAAAUCUGUUUCAAUCAUUAGAAAUUAAUUCUGAACACUUCAUUAAAAUGAAAAAAUAAAGGGAGAAUAUGUCUUUGUCCUUUUAGCAACUUUCAAAGUAUCCUGGCAUUUCAUUUUUAAGAAUAUUCCAGAGAAUUUAGAAUUUAGGUAGAAAUAAACCUGUGUGCAGUACUGUAAGGAAUACCUACAUCUAUGCACUCUAUCUUUUGUACUGAUAACUUCUGUCUUUUCUCUUCACCUACCUGGGCUUUUCAAUACUUUUUAUCAAAUAUUCUUGAGUAUGCUGAUCAAUAUGCUACAUGCUUAUUCCAUGAUUAACACAGCCACUAGAACAUUUUAAGUUCUUAAUAAAAGAACACAUGACUAAAAGAAGAGUAUUUCAUCUUGAUAUAUUGAUAUUUAAAUAUAGUAAAAUGCAUAAUGAGAAAAUUAACUGGAACCUUAGCACCUUGUUGUACAAUCAAUUAUCUAAUUUUGUGUUUUUAAUGAACUGGUCACUGUUACUCUAGCAUUAUGUGGUCAUUUUCCCUUAACGUCUUUCCUUCAACACAUCUUUUCUUUUUCCUCUUGUGGUUUAAUUUCAUGAUCUUAUCCUACUCACAGGCCUAGAAAAUAUAGAUGGGGAAAUUGGCAUUUAAUUUUAUAAUUUAAGUAUAUUUGUAUAGAUUUUUUUGUAGAUUACUCUUACACCUUUCUUCAUUUCUUACAAUUUAAUUUCUUGACCAUGUUAAAACCAAUUUUAAUUCUCAAUGUUAUUCACCCAUCUUUAAAUUUUCUCAUUUUAUGUAUACUUGAAUGUGUACUAUUUAAAUUAAAAUACGAAAUUGUACUAUUUAAACUGAAAUAUGAAUUUUGAAGGUCUCACUUUGAAAUUAGCAGUAACAUACAACAACUUUUGGUACUGAAAAUCAUUGAUCAGCCAAAAUGAUUUACUGUAGGGUUUGGGUAAGUCACAUUUCUUCCUCUCUUCCUACCCCAUGGUAACAGCUAUUUCAAUAGGUUGCAGUUUUAUGAUAAAAUAAAAUAGUAUAAAGUAUAGAA